GCGAUGUUGAAAUAACGGUCGAGAGUUUUAAAGACAGUUUCCAGGAGCGAAAAAUCUUCAUCCUACCGAGCUUCCCGCUCAUUUAGUUGUUUUCCACCGCCACCUGUUUCCAUUUGCUAUAACAAAAACUCGCAAGCAUGUUCCUCCGGGCAAAGGCCCGCUCUGCCGCGGCGGCUGCCGCUAAGGAGGCCGCCGCUAUCAAAUGCAAAAGUGUCUGGGUCUGGAGAAGUGGAACUUGUCAUGCUAAAUCUGAAUGAUGCAAAAAUCUGUGUUGCGUGAGUGCCAAAAGCUGUCCGCUUUUGAACAAGUUGAGAGGGAGUCUCUCAUGCAGGAAAGGCAUGAUAGAGACCUCAAAGAAUCUGCAAUGCUGGGUCUCGCAUUCCAGACCUCAUGGGUCAUGGAAAACCUGCAUCACAAAUCUUGCAUUCUUCCAGACCCAGACAUUUUUACAAUCCAUAGCCGCGCCGGUGAAGCAAGUGCCCAUGUCGCUCUGUUGCCACGGAAACACGUACGCGUUUCACUAUUUGAACCACCCCGGCUAUGGAUGUGUUAGGUUUGAAAUCGUGAAAGUUGAAAUAGUUUGUCAUGCAUAAAACGGAAACCAGUUAGACCUACAGUUUGUAGUCGGCGCGUCACAAAUUUUCCCGGUUGUGGAAGCGAGUCUCUCAUGCGGUUUAGGGCAAAAGAGUUGCCUUCUGUCAUGCUAGUUAGCAGCCCAACUUUUGACCCUUACCAGGACUAUAAUCUGCCUCCCGUGGGUCCUCUGCAAUAGAGUCGCUUUUUGUAUCGCAUUUUGUGCAUGAGCAUGGCAAAUUAUUUCAACUUUGACGAUUUCAAGCCUGGCGCUUCCAUACCGGCGUGAUGGCAAUAAGCACGCUGUUGGAAAUGAAGGGGAUAGUGGAUAUGCGAGCAAAUUUCACGCAGGAAAACAUCGAGGCACUGAAGGUGAGGGAUGAUUUUCUGGGGUUUACAGAUCAUAUUGUACACUAGUUGAGGUAGAAAUGGAAUUCGAAUUCGUUUCAAUCUUGUAUUGCAGAAGCUCGCAUCAGGAGCGGGACUUGUCAUGCAAAAAAGUACUUUAUAAAGUGUAAUUAAAAAUCAAAGUACAGGAAUUCGACGCCGAGCUGGCACGAAAAGGGCAGAUAGCACUGGAUCACGAUUUGGCGGUGAACUUUUUGGAUCUGGAAUACAUUGACGAGACCCUCCCUAGGCUCUUGAUCGAAAAGGAGCUGUGUCAACAGGUACUACAGCGUUCCAGUGGAUGAAAAUUUCUCAUACAUGAUGACACACUACUAGAGUUCGUGUUUGUCAUGCACUCCAACACUAAGGGUAAUAAAGUAUGACUUUCAAAUUCUAUCAGGCCCAACUCGACGUGCUGCAAAGGAAGGAUGGGGAUUUUUCGCCCGUGAAGUCUCUCGAAGGAAAAAAGAAAGACGCGGUAAACGCUGCCAUGCUGAAGAUGCCCGCCGCGUACAAGAAAAAGAUGUUGGAAGACUCACUGCACGUCAUCGAGAGCUUUGUGGACACAGGGUACAAAAACUUGAAGUCUUUUGUUAAAAUGACUUUUUGAUGUUGUAAGAUCACCUUUUUUGUUGUUUCACCCUGCAUGACAAAUUGAAACUCUGGUGUUGACGCGCAUGGCAAACACAAAAAUGACCUUACAAGGUACCGCAACGAAUCGGACGCUAUGCAGGCCUUGCUGUACUACUGCACUCUAUCGCAAGAAAAGACUGUUUCACUGUAAACUUGUGAUGCAUGAUAGAAUGCAUCGCAGACGCAUUUGUCUUGCUACACAUGCUGCGAGGCAUUAUCUUUUUCAAUGUGUUUUUUCUCAGGAAGUACGCAUGGCAGGUUUUCCUUGUCGUGUGUAACGAACUUGUGAUGCAAAACUUGUAAAAUCCUUACAGUGAAGCACUUUUUUCGUACGAUGCACUCUGAUGGAAUCUCCAGACCUCGAACUGGACGCAAAACAGACGAAAAAAAUUUCGGCGAAAGCAACCGAGGUGCGACAGUGGGCGGAGAAGUUGUAUACGUCGGGGGACAAAUCCGCGAUCAAGCAGGCGGACGUUGAGGGCAAGUUGAAGGAGAUGAAGACCACUUGCAAUCCGGUGGUGGUGGACAAGUUGAAGGCUCUCAUCAAGGAGCAGCAGUGAAGAUGAAAAAGCGAUAGGGAAGAUGAAAGGCAUCAGUUCGUGAACAGCCGCUUACCUGUUCCUUGCACUUUGCACCGACGCGAGUGUGCCUUGUCAUCCUUCUCGAUACGUAGAAACAUCAAAACCUUCCGAGCGGGCAUUGAAAAAGAGCCACGCACGACGAACCUUUGCGUAGACAGAAGGUGUCGUGGGCCUCGCAUGGGGACGGGCGCGGUUUUGCUUCUUCUAGAGAGCAACCGGGAAAGUAGAUUCGAGUGAACAGCAAAUGCGUCCUUUCGUGUGUUCAUUCGCCAGCUCGCACACAGCGAAGUGGUUUUUUUUUGGAGCACAGCAACAAGAUUAUAGCACUUCCUUAUGUCGAAGCAAGUUGAGCUUUUGGUUUUGUGCAUACUGUUUGUGCAUAAUCAGACUUUUCCCGCCUUUUG